GAACUUGAAGACGGUCACUCUACAAAAAACUAAGAAGGCAACGGCGGCAGUAAAGCAAUUUGCAAUAGAAAAAAUAAAAAUAUAAAACACGUCGGAGAGAGUGGUGCUUGGCUGACGGUCCAGGGCGUGUGACAGCGAGUGCAAGUGAUAAAUUCAUUGACAGCCGCAAAGACACCGAGUAAUAAAAUCACAAUGAGUGCACCUGGCAUGGAUAAGAGGAAACUCUCCACAUCUGGCGAUUCACUUUACGAAAUCCUGGGACUUCCUAAAACAGCCACCGGAGACGAUAUCAAAAAGACGUACCGAAAACUCGCACUUAAAUACCACCCAGACAAGAACCCCGACAAUGUUGAUGCUGCCGAUAAGUUCAAGGAGGUGAACCGAGCGCAUUCGAUAUUGAGCGAUCAGACUAAGCGUAACAUAUAUGACAACUAUGGAUCCCUUGGCCUGUACAUUGCUGAGCAGUUUGGCGAGGAGAACGUUAACGCGUACUUUGUGGUAACGUCGCCGGCAGUUAAGGCAUUGUUCUUCUGCUGCGCCAUAGUAACUGGAUGCUGCUGUUGCUGCUGUUGUUGCUGCUGCUGCAACUUCUGUUGCGGCAAGUUCAAGCCGCCAGUAAACGAGUCGCACGACCAGUAUGCACAUCUGAAUCGCCCCGAUGGCAAUCGAGAGGCCAGCGAUCUGCCACCACACCUGGGACAAACGCCACGUCUUGAGGACGUUGAUCUGGAUGACGUGAAUCUUGGAUCGGGAGGCGCCCCUGUUACAUCACAGCCGCGGGAGCAGGCCGGUGGACAGCCUGUCUUCGCCAUGCCGCCCCCCAGUGGAGCAGCCGUGGGCGUCAACCCCUUCACCGGCGCACCUGUGGCCGCCAACGAGAACACAUCGCUAAACACCACGGAGCAGACCACCUACACACCAGACAUGGUCAAUCAGAAAUAUUAGCCAAGUGCAGCGCUUGAUUCAAGUCCCAAGUGCAUGCGUAUGUAACGAUACCGAUACUGACACAGACAUAAACAAAAACAAUUAAGUUGAAGCUAAAUGAAAAACCAGAUUAAUUUAUAAAUAGAUUUGUUUUAAGGAUGAGCGAUAUGUUGAAGCGAGAUAACAUAUAAAUCAUUGUAUUUAUAGUAAGAGAUAGCUCUUAGCUUUAAUUUUAAACAGUCUUACCACGGCGCUUGCAACUGGUGCAGGCGGUAGUCAGGUUGAUCUUGGUCCACCCCUCAUAAUCGUUUCCACUAUUCCAUGGCUAGAGGCUGCUACUCAGCAAAACCGACUAAAAUCGAGGGCCAAAGUGCGGCUUACCAUACAUAAUAUAUCACCAACACCGAUCAACUGUAUCAAACACACGAUUGUGGCUUUUUUAAAUUGUUAAUCAUCAGACAUUUGCUUGGGAAACGGUCACUUGGGUUGACGUGGAUAGGAGUAGGACACUCCCUCCUGUGGAAUCGCCUAAUACAAGAAGCACUGUAUGUUAAUUAUGUUAUGUAUAUGAUGGGUGUACCUAGCUCGCAUUUGUGUCAUCGUCUGUCUAGUGUAGCUGGAUCAUACGCCAAGUCCAUUGUCACCUAUUGUUUCUGUUAGUUUGCAAUUAAUUGUUACAGCAAGAGCCCUGUCAUGUAAAGAAUUAUUAAGCGGCGCUUCGAGCUGAUUGUUCCGAUCCGAUCCUAAUGCAAAUGUAAAUAAGUCAGGUUAAACAAUAAAGCAUUAUAAACUGAAAAAGGACUCCCAAAGUGGAGGGGCACGAUACAAAUAACUAGAAUUGAAAACCAAUUAAACGUAUUAUAAUAUUCCCCCAUUUAUGUAUUCAAUCGUAUAUAUAUAUAAAUCUUAAAUACGAGUAUUCAAAGUUCAAUUGUAACCCGUAAAUAUAGCACGUACACGUACAUAUAUUCCAACUUUGUUUCUAAAUUAAACUUUUUUUGUUUGGUAAAUGGUUAGCCCGCUUUGAAAUGUAAAUGAAUGCGAAUAGUCCAGCUGUAUUAAAUUUUAUAUUCCUAAUACUACUCAUUUUAUUCGUAAUUAUAAAUUUUUGCCUGGCGGGGCUGUGGAUGUCUUGUCCAGGGCUCGGUUUAGUCGCCCGUUUCGAUCAACUGAAUAAUCUUGAAUAAACCAAAUUCAAUUAAUAGUAUUUACGAUUUCCGGAUUGCGUGUAUAUUUAUUGUUCAUACAAGUCAAGAUUAAAGCUACUAAGAGUAAUCUACAUACAAAAAUUUAAAAUUGUUUCCGAAUUGCGAUUGUACUCUGGUAAACACGAAGAACUCGAGAUCAAUAAAUUGACCAUACGAA